UACAUCCUGUUACCAUAUUUCACCUUAUUUGUUGUAGAAAUAUUUUUGCAGACAUAUGCAUGUACCAGAGAGAUGUACUGGACAAUAAUUUUUUACUUCUUUUUCUAUAUAUCUACUAGAUUUGUAGCAGAUGCAUCAAAUGUAAGACUCGCGAGUGGAAAAUCCUUUCACGAAAAUGGCGCUGAUGUCUAUGAGGGACGCUUGGAAGUUUUUUACAACAACUCAUGGGGCAUUGUCUGUGAUGAUGCCUUCAAUAAAUCGGCAGCAAUAGUGGUUUGUAGAAUGUUAGGAUUUUACGGUAAUGCAAUGGUACUACUUUCGUACCGUAAUGGCAGUAGGCGAAUAACCCUUGACAAUGUAGGAUGUAAUGGAUUGGAAACAGAUAUAAUGGAUUGUACUCAUGCGCCAUGGGGAAUUCAUGAUUGCCAACACACUGAGGAUGUCGGAGUUAGAUGUGAGCAAAAGUGGAGGUUGAGAAAAGCUAUGGAAGGUGUUGUUGUUGAGUUUAAAACCAGUAAUUCAUACAUACAAGUGUGUAACAGAAACUUUGACGACGAAAAGGUGUGCCAAUUGAUUGGUUUAGAAAGUCAUGAUUUUGUCGUCGAUGUCACCUCUUCCACUUCAAAAAGUCAAGACUUCGUGGAUUUAAAUUGUACUGGUACAGAAGAGCUUAUAUCACAAUGCAAAGCAACGAAUCAUUUACUGAGUGAAUGCAAGACUGGCAUGACAAUUUUUAAAUGCUUACAUCAGAGACUUAUACACGGUACUACAUCUUAUAAUGGACGAUUAGAGCUUCACCAUGAUGGGAAAUGGGGAACUGUAUGCGAUGAUGGAUUUGGUGAUAAUGAGGCAUCUGUAGUUUGUAGAUAUUCAGGGCUGUCCUGGAAUGGGCGAUUUACUCAUGAGUUUAAGUAUUGGCAAAGUAAUUCAACUUACUUAUUGGAUGACGUUGUAUGUACCGGAAGAGAGUCAAGCAUAGAAAAUUGCAGACACACUUCGUGGAACCUUCAUAACUGCGACAAUACGCACAGAGAUUGGCAUUCAAUGCUCACCAGAUGAAAUUGAUCUUAGACUGGAAGGUGGAAAUAAGCCUAACGAAGGCUUUGCUCAGAUUUUGUUGGGGAAGCAAAUAAACAACAUUUGUAGUGUUGGAUUUGAUGAGAAGGACGCCUUUGUCUUUUGUCUGGAGAUAAAAGGUCAUUGCCGUGAUGCAAUGGUAGUAUCAGGAAAAACAUACAACACAUCAACAGAAUACAUUUACCAGGAGACUUUCAAUUGUAUUGGUAACGAAGUAAGGCUAGUAGACUGUCCUCGCUACUCUGUAAGAUGUCCGAGUGAAUCUAAAGCAGCGGUCGUCUGUGAUCCAACAAUUCCUUCAGUUGAUUUACAGAUUCCCUUACCCAUGAUAAUUCAUGAGCCUGUCAAUUUGAAAUGCAUUUCCACUGGCGGCAGUCCAGUGCCUGAUAUAUGGUGGAACUGUUUUAAUAAUGACAACGGAACACGAGUCAUAUUAUCUGAAAACCAGAUUGUGUCAGUUUUAGAAAUUCUUCCCUCCAGCAUUUUUAAUGAAAAGACAUGUACUUGUUUCGUUCAUCAGACGGAAACAACGUUUCCAGUAAUUCAAAGAGUAAAAAAGCUUGUAG